AUGAAGACCGCCGCCAUCACCGCCACUCUCUUCGCCGCUCUUGCGGCCGCCAACCCCAUCGAAGUCCGCCAGUCGGGUUGCAAGGCCUUCACCCUUCUCUUCGCCCGUGGCACCACUGAGAUGGGCACUCUCGGAAGCGUCGUCGGACCCGGCCUCCAGCGCGACGUCCAGGCUGCUCUCGGAGCUGACGCCGUCACCGUCGAGGGAGUCUCCUACCCUGCCGAUAUGGGCGGUAUCAUGGCUGAGAGCGGAGGCUCCGGCCCCGGAAGCGUCGCCAUGGCCAACCAGGCCAACUCCUGGCUCAGCAAGUGCCCGCAGACGAAGCUCAUCCUCACGGGCUACAGCCAGGGCGGCAUGGUUGUCCACAAUGCCGGCAAGAAGCUCAGCGGCAAGCCUCUCGCCGCCGCCGUCACUUUCGGAGACCCCUUCAAGGCCCAGGGCGUCACUGGCGUUGCUGCUGGCAAGUUCAAGAGCUUCUGCGCUUCCGGUGACAGUGUCUGCGGCGCUGGCGGAUGUGCUAGCGCUGGAGGUUGCGGAAGCGCCAGCGCCUCUGGACACGUUGGAUACGGCGCGGACACCAAGACUGCUGCUACUUUCAUCAAGGGCGCGGUCGCUUAA